CUUACUAUUUAUUUCUCAUUUGGGGCUUUCUCCUCAGAGCCAAGCAGUAGAUCCAGAACAGUUCUCAAGUCAGGAGUCCAACCUCAUGCUGGAGCAGAAGGCCCCUGUUUUCCCACAGCAGUAUGCAUCUCAGGCCCAGAUGGCGCAGAGCAGCUAUACUCCCAUGCAAGAUGCAAAUUUCCACACCAUGGGACAGAGGCCUAGUUACGCUGCACUCCGGAUGCAGCCCAGACCAGGCCUCAGGCCCACAGGCCUAGUGCAGAACCAGCCAAAUCAACUGAGACUACAGCUUCAGCACCGCCUCCAAGCACAGCAGAAUCGCCAGCCACUUAUGAAUCAAAUCAGCAAUGUUUCAAAUGUGAACUUAACUCUGAGGCCUGGGGUACCAACACAGGCACCUAUUAAUGCACAGAUGCUGGCUCAGAGACAGAGGGAAAUCCUGAACCAGCAUCUUCGACAGAGACAAAUGCAUCAGCAACAGCAGGUUCAGCAACGAACUUUGAUGAUGAGAGGACAAGGGUUGAAUAUGACACCAAACAUGGUGGCUCCUAGUGGUCUACCAGCAACCAUGAGCAAUCCCCGGCUUCCCCAGGCAAAUGCCCAGCAGUUUCCAUUUCCUCCAAACUACGGAAUAAGUCAGCAACCUGACCCUGGCUUCACUGGGGCCACGACUCCCCAGAGUCCUCUAAUGUCACCCAGAAUGGCACAUACCCAGAGCCCCAUGAUGCAGCAGUCUCAGGCCAACCCCGCCUAUCAGGCCCCCUCAGACAUGAAUGGAUGGGCACAAGGGAACAUGAGUGGAAACAGCAUGUUUUCACAACAGUCCCCACCACACUUCGGGCAGCAAGCAAACACCAGCAUGUACAAUAACAAUAUGAACAUCAAUGUCUCCAUGGCGACCAACACAGGUGGCAUGAGCAACAUGAACCAGAUGACAGGACAGAUCAGCAUGACCUCAGUGACCUCCGUGCCUACGUCAGGGCUGUCCUCCAUGGGUCCCGAGCAGGUUAAUGAUCCUGCUCUGAGGGGAGGCAGCCUUUUCCCAAACCAGCUGCCUGGAAUGGAUAUGAUUAAGCAGGAAGGAGAUGCAUCAUGGGUAAGCAACUGCCGAUGAGCAGGUGAACAGAGA